UCCUCAUUAUCCGGACUAUUCAGCGUCAGAGCUCUUAAAUCCAUUGAAGAAUUUUACAUUUGUUUUCUUGAAAGAACUCUUUAAAGAGUUUAAACAAGUAUUUAAAGAUGAUUUCGUUCACGUGGGGAUGGACGAAGUGAAUUAUGGUUGUUGGCAAUCAAACCCAGAUAUCGCUAAAUUCAUGAAAGACCAGAAUAUGACAAAAGUAAAUCAAGUGGAAGAGUAUUACGUGAGGAAAACAUUAACCAAUGUUAAAGAUGUUGGCUAUAAUACAAUGCUAUGGCAGGACCCGGUUGACAAUGGCGUCACUCUCGACAAGGAUUCAAUUGUAGUGAUUUGGAAGGACACCUAUCUUGACAGCAAUUUAGAUCUCUGGCAAAACUAUAUCUCCAAAAUCGCUAAGAAUGGUACCGAAAGUGAAAAGGAUUUAGUGAUUGGCGGAGAAGUGUGUAUGUGGUCUGAGUUUGUGGACGGCACUAAUGUAUUGUCCCGAUUGUGGCCUCGAGCAUCGAGUGCUGCCGAAAGGUUAUGGAGUAAUAGUGAGAGCACUCAAGAUGUGGACACCGCUAGACUAAGACUGGAUCAGCACAGGUGUCGAAUGCUUAGGCGAGGAAUACCGGCCGCACCCAUACUUAAUGGCUAUUGCGGUGAUUACGAGUGGGAAAUGAAUAAUCAAGAAAAGUUGAUGGAUUUGGGGGAUAGGGGUGUUCAGGCGACAACAUGUCCCAAAGUAAUUUGGUGGUCAUUUAAAAGGGAUUAUGAUACUUGCUCUAAAGACACCAAUAUAUAA